CAUGAACCAAGAUUAAUUGGAUAAUGAGGGAGAUCCACAACAAUAAUUCCUGGAAGUACGUUAUUCACAUUAGAUUAAAAUAGGCAUUUAAGGAGCUCUUGGAAGUUCAAAAUUAGAGGAUGUAUAAUGGCAAUGACAUCCUCAAUCAAUAUUGUCCUCAAUUACAAUACCCAGUUAUAUUGCCUACUCAAAUUCCAAACACAUUCAUCGUAUAUAUAAGCAUUCAAUAAGAUUAGAUUAAUAUGGGUCCGUACUUGCCUCACAUUCAGUAACCUCAAAUUCAUCCACAACAUACUCAAUAAGCGAGGAUGGCACCCCAAACCCAACAGAAUUAAUUCCUCAAUCAUUAGAGCAUCAAAGAAGAAGAGCACGAUGAAAAGAAAUAAGCGAAGAAUUGGCUAUAAUAAAGGAAAUGAUGAACUAUUAUAAAAUAUUAUUUUUUAUAUU